AUGGCCCAGUCAUUCUUGAAACGAUACUUUGGCCUCGGCGGCUCUGCUGCUCCCGCUCCCAGCCCUGUCACUGAGAAGAGCGCCGUUCGUGCUCUUCCCGCUUCAUGGUACACCUCAGUCGAGAUUGGCUUCAUCUGGAUCAACAUGGACGGCGCUAAGACCCCUGAGAUCGCCUGGGAGGAUGACUUUGACAACCUUGACACACAUGAGCGCUUCUCUCACUACAACUUUGACGACUACCAAUUUGACCACGUCUGGCAGAUGGAGGGCGACUACAACUGGAAGAUUCUUGCCGACAACUACAACGAGUGCUACCACUGCAAGGUCGCUCACCCUGAUAUCCCCACCAUCGCCGACCUCAACUCUUACUGGGUCGAGACACAGAAGUCUUACAUCCAGCACUUUGGUGCCCAGCGACAGGACCAGAUUGACCGCGGAUUCCGCAUCGCUGUCACAUAUUAUCUACCCAAUGCCUCCACCAACAUCUCUCCUCACUUCUUCAUGAUCCAGCGCUUCGUUCCUCUCAGCCCUACCCGCUCCAUCAUGCGAUACGAGUUCUUCCGCAACAAGAACUCCAGCGACGAGGACUUCAACCUCAUCACUGAGCUCUACAAGCGUGUCAUGUCUGAGGACAAGUACCUCUGCGCCAACGCCCAGAAGAACGUCAACGCUGGUGUCUUCAUCAACGGUGAGAUGCACCCCGAGAUGGAGCAGGGUCCUCUCUUCUUCCAGCAGAGCAUCCGAGAGCAGCUCCAGAACCACCACAAGAAGGAGCAAGAGGUCGGCCACGAGAUCUGGCCCGCCCAGCAGGAGGCUCCCCAGACUACCAUCAACUCCAAGGCCACAAGCUCUGCCAACUACUCAUCGGGCAUUGACAUCCGGCCAGCGCACAAGGCCAUCGUUGUUUAG